CCCUUUCCGCUAACUACAAUUCCAAUGUCUUUCUCUCUCUCGCUUUUAUAUACCUCCCUCAACUCUCUCAAAGCAAGCAUUGUGAAACAAAAAUCCAAACACUUUGGCCUUCUUUGGAAUUUGUAAUUUUCCGAAAGCUGAAGUGGCCGGAACCGUGGCCUAACCUCAGCAGGAAUAUAUAAAAGGGUGAAGAUGGGAAGAGGAAAGAUAGAGAUAAAGAGGAUCGAGAACACCACGAAUCGUCAGGUUACGUUUUGCAAGCGGAGGAAUGGACUGCUGAAGAAAGCAUACGAGCUGUCAGUCCUUUGUGAUGCAGAAGUUGCUCUUAUCGUCUUCUCCACCCGUGGCCGCCUCUACGAGUACUCCAACAACAACAUAAGAUCAACAAUAGAGAGGUACAAGAAGGCAUGUUCCGGUACUUCAAACACAAAUACCGUUACGGAAAUCAAUGCUCAGUAUUAUCAACAAGAAUCAGCCAAGUUGAGGCAGCAGAUUCAAAUGCUACAGAAUUCUAGCAGGCAUCUAAUGGGAGAUUCGUUGAGUUCCUUGACAGUGAAGGAGUUAAAGCAGCUAGAGAAUAGACUUGAACGAGGCAUUACUAGAAUCAGAUCAAAGAAGCACGAAAUGCUGCUAGCUGAAAUUGAGUAUUUUCAGAAAAGGGAAGUUGAGCUGGAAAAUGAAAGUGUAUGUCUCCGAGCUAAGAUUGCAGAGAUAGAGAGGGUUGAGGAAGCAAACAUGGUAACAGGAGAAGAGCUGAAUGCUAUCCAAGCCUUGGCAUCUCGCAAUUUCUUCACUCCAAAUGUGAUUGAGAGAGGAACUCCCACUCCCUACUCCCACCAUGACAAGAAGAUUCUCCAUCUUGGGUAAUUGCCUUUUUCUAAUGUCUUUGCUUCCAAAUCUUUCUAUUGCAGGUAGAGAGAGUUGGAGAGAACAAAUCUGAAAAGGGUGUUGUGAUAUUAUGAGAUUAAAUAAGGAUGCAUUUCAACCAUAUGUACUCUACAUAUAUUAUGAAGCUGUCAUGUAAUUUGUUACUUGUUUUGUUCUGUUAUAUUGUCUCAAAACCUAUACUAGUCGUAAUGUGUUUAAUUUUGUGUGUUAAA